GCGGCUCCGUCAUCGGUAGCGAAACGAAAGAACGAGGUCUUCCGUUCCGGCAUAAUAGCCGUGCGAGGUGGCAGACGUGCGACCGUGUACUAUCAUUUUCCGACUUUCAUAGCAUUCCCGAGAAAGACUUAACGAGGAAUUCGCGCUCGUGCGUUUCAGUGCUGUGAUUCAGUUCCUUCGCAUUUCGAACAACAUGAAUGAAGAAUACGACGCGAUCGUGUUGGGCACCGGACUCAAGGAAUGCAUACUUUCGGGUAUGCUUUCGGUCAGUGGGAAGAAAGUGCUCCAUGUAGAUCGUAAUAAAUAUUACGGUGGUGAAUCUGCCUCGAUCACGCCUCUUGAGGAUCUAUUCGCGAAAUUCAAAGCCCCACCACCGGAUGAAAGCUAUGGUCGUGGUCGCGACUGGAACGUUGAUUUGAUUCCAAAGUUCCUGAUGGCAAACGGCUUAUUAGUGAAGCUUCUAAUUCACACUGGCGUGACGCGGUAUCUGGAAUUCAAAUGCGUGGAGGGAUCGUACGUUUAUAAGUCCGGGAAGAUCUUCGAGAAAAGGCGCUUCCGUAGUUUCCUUAUAUGGGUGCAAAAUAUGCAAGAAGAUGACCGCAAGACAUGGGACGGCUUCGACCCGUUUAAUAGUAGCAUGAGUGCUUUGUACACUAAGUUUAAUCUCGAUAAAAACACUCAAGAUUUCACGGGGCAUGCAUUAGCCCUUUAUAGAGACGACGACUACAUUAGCCAAAGCGCAAUUACUACUAUAAGAAGGAUUAAAUUGUAUAGCGAUAGUUUAGCACGUUACGGAAAAUCGCCAUACCUGUAUCCUAUGUACGGUUUAGGCGAACUUCCUCAAGGCUUCGCGCGACUUAGCGCCAUUUAUGGUGGAACGUACAUGUUGGAUAAGCCAAUCGAUGAAAUCGUGAUGAAGGACGGAAAAGUCGUUGGAGUACGUUCAGGCGACGAAGUAGCCCAAUGCAAACAAGUAUUUUGUGAUCCCACGUAUGUACCUGAUCAGGUGAAAAAAGUGGGUCAAGUGAUAAGAUGCAUUUGUCUCUUAGACCAUCCUAUACCAAGUACAGGGGAUGCUCUUUCCACGCAAAUCAUUAUUCCUCAGAAACAAGUUAAUCGUAAUUCCGAUAUCUACGUAUCUUUAGUAUCGCAUACUCAUCAAGUAGCAGCAAAAGGAUGGUUCAUUGCCAUGGUGUCUACUACGGUUGAAACGAAGAAUCCAGAAGCUGAGAUUAAACCCGGUUUGGAUCUCCUCGGUCCGAUCAGACAAAAGUUCAUAUCGGUAUCUGAUUAUAUGGAACCCACAGACAAUGGUCUGGAGAGUCAGAUCUUUAUAUCGACAAGUUACGAUGCCACAACGCAUUUUGAAACCACUUGUUUAGAUGUUUUGGAUAUAUUUAAACGAGCCACUGGAGAAGAGUUCGAUUUUAACAAAGUAAAGCAAGAUCUAGGCGAUGAAGAUCAGUAACCGUAAGAUAAUUACACUUACUGGUCAGUUUUAAAACUAGUUCAUCCUGAAUUGAAAAAAAAAAUGAGUGAGCAACAUAAUUUAAUUGUGUAUAUACCGACAACGUCGGUGUUUAUCUGAGUCUUGGUGCAGAUACGAUCUGUAAUUAGACUCAUGCCUAAUCCUAGAUUCUCGUUAAUGGAGGAUUUCAAAACAAACGCAAACUUUAUUCAAAAUUUAUUUUUAAAAUUUAUCCCAAUCUCAUUCUAAAAACUGCCCUUUUUACAUUUUGUCUGAAGUACUACACGUUGUACGACCAUUUUCACAAAAGAAAAAAAAAAUUGAUAUUAGAACUUGUACCAUUCGUCGUCUGAAUAUUUUCGAUAAACUUUGAACGAAUCACAAAAUGCAAUUUACUGUACGGUUUGAGUGUAUCUAUGUAUUCGUCACUAACAUGUUUUUUGGAGUAAACAUGACGGUGCCGAUUAUCGCGACUUUAUAAAUGUAUCAUAUUUUAACUAUCAAAUUAAACAAUAAGAUUAACCGUUUAUUGAGAUUGUAAAUGUUAAAAGAAUCCUAUAGUUAUACUGCUAAUUCCAGUAGUCAAAGGAUCAUGCGUUACGACACGAGGUACAAGAUAGAAGUAAUUUAAGAAAGUGAAUUCUACACGCAGGUAUAUAAAUAGCAUGCCGCGGUAUAGCAUUAGAAAAUAUGUCAUACUUCUGCACAUUUAGUUAUGAUAUCAUUUAAAAUUUCAAACAAAUUUCAAAAAAAAAAAAAAA